AUGCCUUCUAAACGAAAGCACGCUACGCAGAACGACUCAUCGGAACUCAGGCUAUCUGCUCGUACCACCGGACCGCCCCCGCCCCUUGUCGAUGAUGCCCGUGAAACAACAGCAACCGAACCACGAAGGACCCAGCAGAGGUCUGAAAACAUCAUCGAAGUUCCGGAUGAGCCUACCCCUGUUGACCUUGACAUCACUAUCGACGAUUUCACCGCUAUGCUCACUGUCAAUGUCAAGCGCUUAUCACCUAAGCCCAAAUGGCAGGCCUUCAUCAAUGUUGAUUCGCAUUACUCCCUGCCGAAGUCGGCCUACCAAAGUGACGACGACUCCCACUCCCAGGCCCCGUUUCGCUCCUCCCAAGUCAGGAAACGGUCUCAAACUGCUCAGCCUAGACGCCCUAAGAGUGCUACAGUUGCGCAUCUUCAGAAUAUCGAAAUUGGAUUCGAGGGUGACCCGGCUAAGUACGACAAGCUUGCUGCGCUACGAGCACUUCAAGCCCGCUGGAUGUGCUCAAAGCAUCACCAAAGCAUCUGCUACAUUCACCCUCUCAGCAGAGUCCAUCGCCGUGUCAACUACAUGCAGCAAGACCGCUGA